AUGAGUAUGGCUGCAUGCUUUCAAGGUUUCCAACCCCCGCGAAUACAUCAUGUUCCCCCACCUAUGGCGUCAGUUCAAGUGCCCGACACCAUCCUGUCUGGUCCUGGGGGACAUGGAAUGCCAAUACCUUUGAGUGGUGGGCCAGCAGACCCACCACCAGGCACUAGAUUUAAUGCAUGGACGGGCAUGUUUGACAGCAUCUUGGAUAUCUCCAGCCAUGAGCUCACAGCAGCCGAUCAACACAGUUCACCCUCACCCUUUGCACAGAUCCCUGGUACUCGGAGUCUCAAAUGGCCAGCACCUGCACUGGGUAUGGCUGAGGGCUUACAGGUAGUCCAAAAAGUCAAGCUCGGUGAUGGUGGUAGCCGGGGUCGAGUUCAUUGCAGUGACUUCGAUGGACUUUAUUCAGCCAUCAUACAACUAGCCAUAAGUCACUAUCAGUGUGUCCUUACCAAUAGUUCGAUUUAUCCCAAUGAUGUUGAACAUUGGGACUGGUCCGCUGAGGCAUGGAAUGCAGCCUGUCGUGCCAAUGGAGUCAAAGUUGAAUACAAUGAAGAUGCAUACAAACUGAUCACAUCACGUGGCUCAAAUUUACGGAGUGAACUCAAGAACCUCAUGUGCCCACUGGUUGAAGCUGAUUUUGGCUUUGUCAAUGAAAAGACACCAGUGAUCAUUAAGGCGAAUGCUACACUAGCAGCAGCUGUGGUGGAGAAUCGUAAAAUUUUGACAUAUAAGGCACUCAUGGCUAGCAAUAGGACUGUCAGGCAUGCAAAGGUGCUUAUGAGGCAGACAUUAUUCUGA